ACACACACACACACACACACACACACACACACACACACACACAUCCAACACUUUUACACCAUCUGAUUAACAGCCUGGCACACACUGUGAUUACAGGAAAACAUAAAUAAAUACGAAAACAGUUGAUUAUUUUGACUACUGGAAGAGCUUUUCUGUGUCUCAGUGCAACUUUUGUUUCUCUUGCUGGGAAGGUGAUCUCUCCAUGCGUUUCUCUCACACGGAUUCUUUAAAAGAGGGAGAGGAAGAGAGACAGACAGACACAGAGAAAGUGAGCCAGACAGGGGGAGGUGGUGGGAAAAAGUAAUCUUUCCCUUUAAAACCGGCUGGGCUCAAAGAUAAAAGGAACUGGAAAACAGCAACUGAGAAACAACAGCUACAACGCACUGGAAAGAUUGUUUUGGGGGGGGUUACGUUUCGGAGGACAGCAGCCUGUUUCUCCUCUGAAGUUGGCUCCAGCUUUAGCAGCCGCAUUGGAUCCCACAGCCUAUUGUGAGACUCCGGUGUACAAUCCGGAUCUCUGCCCCAACAUGAUCGCGGCCCAGGCCAAGCUGGUUUAUCAUCUGAAUAAAUACUACAAUGAAAAAUGCCAAGCCAGGAAAGCUGCCAUCGCCAAAACUAUCCGAGAAGUCUGCAAAGUAGUUUCGGAUGUGUUGAAGGAAGUGGAAGUGCAGGAACCCCGUUUCAUCAGUUCUCUCAAUGAAAUGGACAAUCGUUAUGAGGGUCUGGAGGUCAUUUCACCCACAGAAUUUGAAGUGGUGCUUUAUCUUAAUCAAAUGGGGGUCUUCAACUUUGUGGAUGAUGGUUCCCUGCCGGGAUGUGCCGUGCUAAAGUUAAGCGAUGGGCGCAAAAGGAGCAUGUCUCUUUGGGUGGAGUUCAUAACAGCCUCCGGUUACCUCUCUGCUCGGAAAAUCAGGUCCAGAUUUCAGACCCUGGUGGCUCAAGCAGUGGAUAAAUGUAGUUACAGGGAUGUGGUAAAGAUGGUGGCAGAUACCAGCGAAGUGAAACUGAGAAUAAGAGAUAGAUAUGUAGUGCAGAUUACCCCAGCUUUUAAGUGCACGGGGAUCUGGCCAAGAAGUGCUGCCCACUGGCCACUUCCCCACAUCCCCUGGCCGGGACCCAACAGGGUAGCAGAGGUCAAAGCUGAAGGGUUCAACCUCUUAUCCAAGGAGUGCCACUCUCUAGCAGGCAAACAGAGUUCAGCGGAGAGUGAUGCCUGGGUCCUACAAUUCGCAGAAGCAGAGAACAGACUACAGAUGGGAGGUUGCAGAAAGAAAUGUCUCUCGAUUCUCAAAACCUUACGGGAUCGACACCUGGAACUGCCAGGCCAGCCCCUGAACAAUUACCAUAUGAAGACUCUGGUUUCUUACGAGUGUGAAAAGCACCCCCGGGAAUCGGAUUGGGACGAAUCUUGCCUGGGCGAUCGCCUCAACGGAAUUUCUCAACUUAUAUCCUGCCUACAAUGCAGGCGGUGUCCUCACUACUUCUUACCAAACUUAGACCUCUUUCAGGGCAAACCUCAUUCAGCUCUGGAAAAUGCUGCCAAACAAACGUGGCGAUUGGCUAGAGAGAUACUUACUAAUCCUAAAAGUUUGGAAAAACUUUAGAGGACAAUUUUAAUAAGGGCCGAAAUGAUUCCCAAGUCCUGAUGAAAAUUAAACUUCCUGUUUGAAUCACAGUCAAAUAUUCCACUUGACAACGCAAACAAUAGCUUAUUUAAAAAGGAAUUUACCUCUUAUGCAUCAUGGGGAGGGGGUUGGAGAAAGGGGAAAAAGGAAGGGGAGAAAAAUUCAAAUUCGAGAGUACUGAGACUUCUUUUCAAAACAUUUUUCAUCUCCCCAGAAAAGUCCACAACACCUGAAAACAACUCGGAUAAAAGACAACACGAUAGUGACUAUCCUGCCUAUAACAUCAAUGGAUUAUAACAACCUCUGGUGAUUUUUAGGUACCUCUGUCAGUGAGUAAAUGAUAUUUGAAUGGGUCAUCUGAACAAAAGUCUAAUGUACAUUUUAAUUUGUAUCAAAUAUUGUGAUCUCACAUUGUCUUUGAAAGUGGAUGUUGGUGUUUUGUGAUUUGGUGAACAGAAGUUAAAUUGCCAUUUCUGGAUACUUCAGGACAUUCUCUGCUAAUGGAGAUACCAUUUAAAGGUAGAUUUUUCUCAUGGUACUUUUGUUAACUGUCUUGGAAAUUGUCUGAACUUAAAAGUUUACAUUUUUGUUUCAAAUGUAUUGCUUGUUCUAUUUCUAACAUUCCAUAAAUAUACUUGAAAUGUUAUUUAAAUAUAUUCAGAAGAAAUUUGGAUUCUGCUUAUAUAAUAACGCUUGAAUAUCUGAAUUAUAUAUUUGAAAAAAUGCACUUGAAAUACACUGGAUAAUUACUUUUGUGAAUUAGAUUUUAAUUUCUGUUGCUGGUUUUUA